AUGAUGAUCGUGAACGUGAUGGAGAACGAGGUCGAUCCCCCCAUUCCGAAUGCUGCAGACCGAGCAGUCAAGCUGCGCAGCCAACAGGAGCGACAAGGCCUGGCAUAUAUCCUGUGCCGUCAAGCGACGAGCCUGCUGCAGCGGACGAAACUGAACGUAACGGUCGUGUGCCAGGCUUGGCAUGCUAAGAAUGCUCGACAUAUGAUUUUAGAUAUCGUCGACUAUUACGAGCCUAGCAUGUUGAUCGUGGGGUCACGAGGACUGGGUCAACUCAAAGGCAUCCUUCUUGGAUCGACCUCGCAUUAUCUGAUUGAGAAAUGCUCUGUCCCGGUGAUGGUGGCUCGCCGACGACUGAAGCGACCCCCUCGUAGAUCUGCGCAUCUGUCCACUUCGCGCAGACAUGUUUCGCUGGCCGAAGCCGGGAUCGAUCGUGUUGCCGCCAAAGUCGACGCGGACGUCCAAGUCAUGCGUGACGAGUUGCAGCGCGACGACGACAGACGGGAGGCUCACAAGGAUCAUGAGGAAGUUGAGGUUGAUGAGGAACUGGAAGACGAUGCCGGGGAGGAAACUGAAGCUGGGACUAAGGUCGCUGGUUGAAGAGGUUGGACGAUCAUCGAUAGACCGAGUUGAUACGGAUGAACUUCACGAAUGGAUACUUACUUAUUUAGUCAAUGAUAUUGCAGGCCUCCCUACAGUCAAAUACAAACUUUAUGCAGUACAUUGUGGUUA